GCAGUAAGUACAAGCAGUUUGUCACAUGAUGAGGGGAAAGUCAGGCACCGGAUGGCCAGAACCGUCUACUCAAAAUUUACCAAUGGCAGUGUUAUCAAGCUGACAUAGCAGGCUGAGCUUCUCAGAACCAUGUCGCUCCAAGCUCCUCGCAUGUCAGUGUUUACUUUUCAGUCUGCAGUGCACAGCGCCCAUGUUCUCCAGUGCCUGAAUGACCAGAGGCAGCAGGACGUCCUGUGUGAUGUGACGGUGGUGGUGGAAAACAGGAGUUUUCGGGCCCAUUGCUCUGUCUUGGCUUCCUGCAGCGAAUACUUUCACAGCAGGGUUACCAAUGUCACCAGACAGAAUCCCAUCAUCACCUUGUCUGAUGAGGUGACCGUUGAAGGGUUUGAACCUUUGCUUCAAUUUGCCUACACGUCAAAGCUGCCAUUCACCAAAGAAAAUAUUCAUGCCAUUCACCGCAGUGCUGAGUUUUUAGGAUUUCAUAACUUGGAGUCAGCAUGCUUUGAUUUCCUCAUUCCAAAGUUUUCUGAAGGCAAAAGAACGUCACAGGAGGUCAGGCAGAGAGCCUGUUGUCGGAGCCAGGAUCGCAGUGCCAGCUUUGGCUCCAGUGUAGAGAGCAGCCAACCAAAAUCAUUUGAGUCACACAGCUCAGUGCCUUCAAGUGGUGAUCAACGAACUGACUUCCCAUCACAGUGUCCUCAGAGCACACAGGGUCAAACGAAUAGCGGGGAAGAACGCUUCUGUUUGCAGAACUGCGGACCGCAAAUGGCCCCCUUAUCUCUGGAGUUAUCAGCAAAUGGUGUUUGCCCCAUGCUGUCUUUGCCAUGCCCAGAAUCUGACAAAGCAGACCACCCCUCUCAGUUCUGUGGAAGAGACAUUUUAGAGAUAGGAGAUGUGUGCAAUCAAAGUGAGUUGAGUUUGGCAGACUGUGGCUUACCCUGUGAGCUGUCAACCCCAGGGGAUGUGAAUCCGCCAGAACUCAUUGAGCCAGCAGGCAGCAAUGUUAAACAGACUGUUGAGACGCUUGGUGCUGAAACCAACUGUAACCCCCGUUCAUGUCCACUCAACACAUCAGGGGCGGGAGAUUGCAGUGAGUUAUUAGAGCAGAGUGAGGUUGGCCUUGAACAGAGGAUGGCAGGUGAUCUCUCAGACCCUACACUAACUGUUCUAAGCCAUGAAGAGGGAUUUGGGGAGAGGAGCAGCGUGGAGAGGGAGGUGGCUGAACAUCUGGCAAAGGGAUUUUGGUCUGACCUAUGCCCAUCUCAGGCUCAACCACUCCCCCUGGAUCCCAUGGACCAAAAUAAUCUGGGAAAAGCAUCAGACUUUCAUUGGCUUAAGCAGCUGGAUCUGAGCUCCAGUGUAGCGGACUGUCCCUUCCUCAAGGAGCUUGAGACAGGUGAUGACCCAGCUCCACGCACUGACAGCCUGUCCCAAUCAGAGAAGAGCCCCUACAUGUCUUCCUCACUCAACUCUGGGGAUGACUCAGAUCUGGACACAGAUGGAGAUACUGAGGCCAACAACAAAAGAGCUGCAGAGAUUCAGCUCCCAUUCCCAGUGGAGCAGAUCACAGCGCUGAGCCGGAGUGCCUUCCAGCAGCUUCUGAGACACCAUCACCUGACCCAAGAUCAGCUGGAGUUUGUCCAUGACGUCCGCCGACGAAGUAAAAACCGCGUUGCUGCACAGCGCUGCCGAAAGAGGAAACUAGACAGCAUACACCUGCUAGAAUGUGAAAUCAAAAAAUUAAAAAGUGAGAAAGAACGGCUGCUGGAGGAGCAAGCCGAGCUGGUGCAAAACCUGGAGGAGACACGGCAGAGUCUGUGCGGGUUAUGUAAGAGUGUCAGCAUCGAGUCUGGCUCUGAUCAGGACCAUUGGCAGCUUCUUGCCAAGCUCUCCUCACCAGACUUACCCAUCUCUUCCACCAGCCUUGUGGGUAAAGACGAGGAGUCCAACAUCACCAUUGAAAUGGUAAGUUGUUCUUCAGAGUGUGACCCAAGAAAGCCGCCUGCAGGCUCAGUUCAAACUGCUGCACCAGAGGCCGGCACACAGACAGAGGAGGCUGGUUCUCCACAGAGCUGCCCUGAUCCCGCAUCUCUGCUCAACGCAUGUCUGGACAUGAACACUAUACUAUAAUCCCGUUUUGGGAUAGAUAUACUUCCCUAAGUCUUUCACUGAAUGAUUUUCUGUCUGAUAUCAGUAUCUUAAAGUGACAUGGCUAAAUGUCAUAUUUCCUGUGCUGUAUUUCUAAAAUGUAUUUCACUGUAGUAAACACAGAAUCCAGUAUUCAUCAUUUUGAAAAUGCAGAAAAUUUUCAGGUAAUUCCAAAAUGUUCCCAUUUGUAAAUUUGGAGGACAUUUCUUAAAUUUCUUUUCUCAGGGAAACUCAUAACCUGACCUUUUUGGCUGAAAUAAUUUGCAAUGCACACCAACCCACUCUCGUCCUUACACACACAUAUACCCACAGUUCUGAAAAUAAGAUACUUCUCUUAUUUUAGGCUGAGUUGUCAGUCAUUGUAAUCUUGAUUUAUACUGUAUUGUUCCACCACUAUGCUGAUUCUUUGAUUAAAUAUGCACAGCACUAACACAGCUUUUUACUGUAGAUUACAAGGAAUUGUUACUGCUAACAUGAAUUCUCAACAGCAUUAUUUAAAUGCCAGUGCAUAGUUUGAAUGAACGUUUCUCAAAGUUUUUCAAACGAACAAAAGAGAUUAUGUUAUUUGAUGCAAAACGUGCCUUAUGCAGUAGUAUAGCAUGAAUACAGAAAGAAGAAGAAAGGCAAUCUUUGUACAAUAUUUUCUUGACUCAAGCACUGUUGCACAUUAACCCAGAGCCCAUAUUGAUGGCAUUCUCAUACAUUUAGGUCUGUUUUCAUGUUGAGUGUUUCUUAUUAAAUGCUUUCAUGUAUUACAGAUUUAAAUAAACAACAUUUUGACAUUCACUGUUUUAUUUCAACUAACAGGAAGUGGGAAUAAGCCCUCUAUUGAUGCUCAGUACCACAGUUUGGCCAGUAGAUGGAAGUACAACUCUAUUUACCUCACAAGCUAUGCUGACCCUUAAUUGACUGACACUAUGACAGUUCCUUCUACCUCAAGUGUUGAAGUUACAAAACUUUUGAAAACUUUGGGCCAUAAAUUCCAGUAAGAAACUUGAAACAACGUGGAUUAUGGCUGAUCUCAAACUGUUCAGUCAACAAAGGACACAAAAAAACUAAAAUGAUAUUCAGGAAGAAAGUUGGGCCUGAGCUUGAAAUGAGGAACAGGAAGCUGGUUCUACUUGUGCCACAAUUAUGUUGAGUAAUACUACUGCUAAUAUUCAACAGUUGGAACUGAACAGUUAUCUAUGAAUUUAUUAGAUAUGCAGUACUCCACAGUAUCAUUAGGAAGACUAAAGCCUGGACUUACUUAAGGUUGAAAUUAAAGACAUGAUGGCUAUGAUAGAUGGCUAUGUAAAGAGUGAAGGUACCCAGAGACUCCACAGAUAAAAGCAAGACUCAGUAUGCUGUACAUGCAGGGAAGAGGCCCUUCCAAGGGAGUGAAACCAAGUCAAACCUUGUUCCAGACUUUUAAUUGUAAAUCAGUGAAAAAUAAAAUACAAAGUGUAAUACUUUGCAUUUCCUAAAUUAUAAAUGAUUGGGAUUUUCAUUUGAAUAAACUUAUUGGUGCAGCCUCA